AGUUUAAAAAAAAUUACUAAAGGAUUUCAUUUAGUAAAACUUUACGUACACUGAAGGAACAUAUUCACUGUAUGAGCAUAUGAUUUGAGCGUUUAUGCAUAAUACUACCUAUGAUGCCCAAUCACCGUGCAGUGGUACGGGGCGUGUGGCGUUAUUUCUGGUCGCCGAGAGUUGAAAAAUGUUCAACUUUGGGUGUAACGCAGCACUUUUUACCCAGCCGUCCAAUCACAGUGGAGGAGGGGCGGGACAAAUACCACACCGACCAAUCGUCACAUCCUACUUGAACAAUGACUGAACAACAAUGGAGAAGUUUGCUAGUCUCUGAGUAUUCAUGUCUGUACCAGAUGAUAUUCCCGGACUACCACAAUAUUAAUAUGAAAAAUAAUGCUUCAAUCUUCCCUUCAUCCAGAGAGUCGAAUGGCCUCUGUUGUUACAGUGAAGACAGAGAAGCGUCCUUCCCCUGAUUCUGAGGAUGGAGACACAGUGGCUAAGAAGGCCAGGAAGUUGUUGCCCAGCCUGAAGACCAAGCGUGCCCCUGAGCUGGUGCUGGUGAUCGGCACGGGGGUGAGCUCGGCCGUAGCUCCUCAGGUGCCCGCUUUACGCUCCUGGAAAGGUCUGAUCCAAGCGCUGCUGGAUGCUGCCAAUGACUUUGAUUUGCUUGAGGAGGAAGAGAGCCGCCGCUUCCAGAAAAGUCUGCAGGAAGACAAGAACCUGGUGCACGUCGCUCAUGACCUCAUCCAGAAACUUUCACCGCGGACAGGAAAUGUGCGCUCCACCUUUUUCAAAGACUGCCUCUACGAGGUGUUUGAUGACCUGGAGUGUAAGAUGGAGAAUGCAGGGAAGCAUCUCCUCCGUUCAGUGUUGCAGUUAAUGGAGAGUGGUGCUCUGGUUCUCACCACCAACUUUGACAACCUGUUAGAGAUCUAUGCCGCCCACCAAGGGACCAAGUUGGAGUCUCUGGAUCUCACAGAUGAGAAGAAGGUUCUGGAGUGGGCUCAGGAGAAGAGAAGGUUGAGUGUACUUCAUAUUCACGGUGUUUACACCAACCCCAGCGGUAUUGUACUGCAUCCUGCCGGCUACCAGAAUGUUUUGAGGAACACAGACGUCAUGAGAGAGAUCCAGAAACUCUAUGAAACGAAGUCAUUUGUGUUUCUGGGUUGUGGGAGGACGGUGGACGACACCACCUUCCAGGCGCUGUUUCUUGAGGCGGUCAAACACAAGUCUGAUCUUGAACAUUUCAUGCUGGUGCGUCGAGAAGACGUGGGAGAGUUCAAAAAGCUACGCGAUAACAUGCUGGACAAGGGCAUUAAGGUCAUCUCAUAUGGCAAUGAAUACGCCGACCUGCCAGAGUACUUCGAGCGGCUGGCCAAUGAGAUUUGCAACCGUGACACGGAUCGGGACAUGGUGACCAAUGGCUGGGGAUCUCCCAUCUCACAGGGUGAAGACAGCCAAAAUGGAUUUGCGACCCAGAAAAACCUCCUGCAAGUGCAUGCUUCUAGAACGAUAGAAACAUAAACCUGAAUGCAGAAAAUGGCCCUCUUGUCUUGUUUUACACUGACUACACCUUUCCACUGUACUGCGCCUGACCCCAUGUGCACUUUGGCUUCUUCCCGUGAUGAAUUCAUCCGAUGCUUCCUGUUGUAACAAGGUUUUCCUCUCUCCCUGUCCAGACUACCACUCGUGACACAAGUGGCAGUCUGAGAGCUUUUCAUCAGCUCCACCAUACAGUUCAGUUGCCCCCCUUCGCUCUGGUCUGGUAUGACUACAUCUUCACAUACAACAUACUCAGUUCUCCUCUUAAACUGAGCACUGUUGCUUACCGUCACAAGGGAAAGGCAUAAAGAAAAACAUCACCAAGCAAACUGUGAACUCCAAAACAUGUUUAUGAAGAGUGUGUGAGGGAGCAUGUUGUGGAUAAUUUUUUUUUAUUUUGCGGUGUUAAGUGAUGUGUGGACCAAGAAUGAUACACAGGACUGGUCUGAUCUUAAAGGAAUAUUUCAACCAAAAAAUUAAAAGUCAUCAUUUACUCACCCUCACGUUGUUCCCUACCUGAUGUUUAGCAAAAUGUUGAUGCUGCUCUUCUCCAUACAUUAAAAGCAUAUAUUUGACACACGCGAACCAAUGAUGUUUGACGUUGUUGUAAAACAUGUUGUGAUGUCUUUACGUGUCAUAUUUUAAUAAAUGCAAAUAUGUAGAUUAUCAUUGAAUAAUGGUCCGUUUUCUGGAGCUUGACACUAUAUGCUUUCACUGUAUGGAAAUGAGGACUUAUUUUGUGUUUCACAAAAUAAAGUCAUACGGGUUCGGAACAACGUAACUGAGUAAAUUAUGAGCACAUUUUCAUUUUUGACCCAACUACCCUUUAAUCAUGAGGUAUCAAAUGUGGCUUUCCAGUUGCCAUGGACAAGAUGGAUAAAAAGGAGGGUAGUUUUUGCAAUGUAGUAUCGUCUCCAGUAAAUGCACCUGUAAUAUGUGAAUGGUCAUUAUCUGUCCUCCUAAGCAGGAAGAAAUGCAAUAAACAUGCCUUGUCAGGGUGACUGAGAUGUGAAUCAAAAGUCAUGUGAUUUCUCAGGCUGUACUUAAAAGCAUCUCGGCUUCCCUAAAUCUACUUGAAAUUGUCACAUGACAAAUGAGAAUGAUGAUAAAAUGCUGUUAUUCCCCUCAAGCUGCCAAUUAAUAAAAGACAUGUAUUUCAGUACAUGUUAUUGCACUUUUAGAGUUAUUUCCCAUUCAUAGACCUAGGCCAUUUGUGCUAAACAAGAUAUGUAAACAAUUGUUUAUGAACUUUUUGUAUUUUACUACAGUGGUCAUCUUUUAGGUAUUCAUAUGCUGUUUUAAAAUAAAACGUGUUUGGUACCACA